UUUGGACUAAGCAGCUGGUGAUAGGCAGGACUUUGCUGAAACAGCCAAAUGAAUUCUGGUUGGUCCUGAAAACUCGUUUAAUUUAAUUUAUUUAUUGAUUGAUGGCUUUUUUUAAUCCAUUAUAACCACUUGAAUUGGUCUCACUGGAACUAAGGUGCAGCACGUAAGGAUCCACACCUUGUUGUGGUUAUUAUUCUCUGCCAUGAUCCCCAAAUAAAGUAAUUCCACACAAAUUACAACAGCCCUUCAGUCUGAGAUCACGUCAGUCUCUCCUCCAGCCGGGCAGGUUAAACUGUGGCUCUGCCGUCUCAGCUCACAGGUGACUCCCGGGCUGCGUAGAGCUCGCUCCAGAGACCAGAGGGAACACCGGAGGUUUCCCUCACUGCUCUGGCAUUAAAUUCCACUCACGUUCACCGAAAAGGGCAGGAAUUAGAUCACUGCAGGUUCCUGAGAGGAGCCCCGGUCCACUCAGUGUUGCCUCCACGCCUCCCACACAGCUUCCUAUAUUGUCUUCUAGUCUUGUUUCACCGCGGUAAACUGUUCAAACUUGAGGAACAGCAUGACAGGAGGACUGAAGGACGGCGAAACAGAGGAGGAGUUUCUGCAUUCGCCGUUCAUCCGAAAGCAAGGGAACAUAUACAAACCCAACAAUAAAGACAUGGACAACGACAGUCUGAACGAGAAGACGAUGGAGGAUAUCCACACCAAAGAGAUCGACCUGGUCAACCGGGACCCCAAGCACAUAAACGACGACGUUGUCAAGGUGGACUUCGAGGACGUGAUUGCCGAGCCUGCAGGAACCUACAGCUUCGACGGCGUGUGGAAAGCCAGCUUCACCACCUUCACCGUCACCAAGUACUGGUGUUACCGACUGCUGACGGCGCUGGUGGGCAUCCCCCUGGCGCUGAUCUGGGGAAUUUUCUUCGCCAUCCUCUCCUUCCUGCACAUCUGGGCUGUGGUGCCGUGCGUCAAGAGCUACCUGAUCGAGAUCCACUGCGUCAGUCGCGUCUACUCCAUCUGCGUGCACACCUUCUGCGACCCGCUGUUCGAGGCUAUGGGCAAGUGCUUCAGCAGCAUCCGGGUCCGCAUGUCCAAGGAGGUGUAACGUCCAAAAUAAAGAGGAGGAGGAGGAUUAACGGAAAGAGGGGAGGGAGGAGGGGAGGGCUCGAGCAACACAAAUGACAAAAAGUCGGAACGGAAAGGAAGAAGAAAAAAUGGACCUCUGGAAAACGAGAAGUGAGGCGUUUCCAGAGCUGGGCGGGGGAUGUUUGGAGGUGAAGGGGCGUGGCCAUCUUCCACCAACUGUUCUUUCUCACCAGUGUUGGCGUAACCAAAUGGGUGGGGCAGGGAGGGGGGAGGGGGACACAGGAAAUCAAAGGGUCAUUCUCCUGGGUUUUUGUUGUUGUUUUGUUUGUGUUCGAUAGUUGUUGUUUUGUUUUUUUUUUAUUCUUCACUGUUAUUGUCAAGCAGGCAACCAAGCUCCAUCUGUCCUCUGUUAGUUUUGCCACAUGAUGUUAAGUCCUUCCAUUCUUACUGUUUCUGUGGAGAGCUCAUCACUUCGACUGAUUCACGUGAAGAGGGGAUGUCAGAGUGUGUGUGCUCUGGGCGGGGCGGGAUGGUGGGAUGCAAGAGUUGGAGUUGGGAGGGUCAAAGCAUAGAGAGAGAGAGAGAGAGAGAGAGAGAGAGAGAGAGAGAGAGAGAAAGGCCGCUGCCAAAUUCUGUCUGACUCGGCAAAAAAAAAACAAAACAAAACAACCCCACAAGCCGAGCAGCAACGGCAAACGCCCCUCCCCCUCGGGCCCCACAUGACCUCCAAGCCACCAAAAAACAACCUCCCACCUCCCGCCCCUCCCCACCCCUUCGCCCUGCUUCCCCAGCAGUCUGACACACUGAACCUGCCCUCAUUCCUGCAUGCACCUGCGUCACCUUGCCAGCAACUCGCCGUCCACCACCGCCACGCCUGCCUGCCUGCCUGCCUGCCUGCCACGCCGCCCGAUGAUGCAGCGACGAUUUGCAUCUCGGCUCGCUCCCUCUCAGCCUCAGCUUCUUACUUCGCCUCAAACAAAAACCUUUCAGUGCAGGUUUCAUCACCAUCAUCUUCAUCAUCACAUGAGCGUGUGACAGAGAAUGUCAGCAUUUGAAUUUGACUAAAACUAUUAUUUUUUCACUCCACGUUAGACCUUUUAUUUUUCAGUGAAGCUCAGUGCUUUUGGAUGCGCAGCAACGCAGCUCCGUAGUGAAUGCUUUUUUUAAAAAUUUUUUAUCUACACUAUAAAAAUGAAGAACUUUGAGGGCUUAGUUUCAGUGCCAUUUCUUUUUUGAUAUCCUACAUGUACUGUAUGGGUGUUUGUGCAGAAAAUACAGCUUCACAAGCUAUGGCCUCAUUCCAGUGCACUAAUCUAUGGGAAAGUAUUGUAAGUGAAUAGCACUAAUGAAAAUCUCUAUAACUCAUUUUGCAAAGGUAGUACAGUACUAACAGCUACUUUUGCACACUUUGCACUUCAGAUGUGCAGUUACGAGCGUGCGCGCGUGUGUGUGUGUGUGUGUGCGUGUGUGUGUGCGUGUGUGGAGAUAUUUCUUGGGCACUGUGGUACUUACGCAGGUUAAUGCAUUGGAAUAAAGACAAUGUGAGGUGGAAUGUGUGAUUCUGGAUGCAUUUUUGUUUUGUUUUGUUUUGUUACCUGGUCAUACUUUUUGCCCCCACCCCCCUUGUUUGUACUUCCCCUGAUGAAUUUGUUCUGCUGCCCUGCUUCUUGACUGUGGACACGAUGCUGAAAGGCAUCAAACCGACGCCUCCCACACCCCACACCCCUCCCUCCCCAGUGAUGGGUGGGGUUGGAAUGGGGUUGGGGUUGGGGGUUCUGUUUUAUAGAGACACUAAGCUCGCUUUGACUCCGUCACCUUCAGUCUACCUGCUGUCUUUUCACAGGGAUGGUAAUAUCAUAGCACCUGUUUCUUGAAAUGAGUAUUUUAAGCUCAGAAAGGUGAUAUUUUUAUAAAAGUGAUUUUUUUUCCUUCCUUGCUUUUACUGUAUAAUAUAACGCUGUGCACAUUAAAAAAAAAAUUUAAUAUAA